CCCCGCCCCCGCCUCGCGCGCCAACGCUUUCCGUGCGGUGCCGGCCUCGCAGAGAGGCGCGUCAGGCCAACAUGCGGGGCAGCCCGGCGCCCAGCUCGGCCUCGUCGUCGGCCUCCGAUCUGAGCCGCAGCCCUGCGCACAGCAGGUCCGACUUGCGGCCCGGCACGGCGGGCGACUACAGCCUGAGCGCCAGCCUGUCGGCCUGCACGCUGCUCUCCGAGGGGGCCGUGGAACCCAUGCAGAUUGAUGUCGAUCCGCAGGAAGAUCCGCAGAACGCACCUGAUGUCAACUAUGUGGUGGAGAAUCCCACCCUGGAUCUGGAGCAGUAUGCGGCCAGCUACAGUGGCCUGAUGCGAAUUGAGCGACUACAGUUUAUUGCUGACCGUUGCCCUCCACUGCGGGUAGAGGCCUUGAAAAUGGCUCUAUCCUUCGUGCAGAGGACCUUCAAUGUGGACAUGUAUGAAGAGAUACACCGGAAGCUCUCCGAGGCUACCAGGGAGCUGCAGAAUGCACCUGAUGCCAUCCCUGAGAGUGGAGUGGAGCCCCCACCCCUGGACACAGCCUGGGUGGAGGCCACUCGGAAGAAGGCUCUGUUGAAACUGGAGAAGCUGGACACGGACUUGAAGAACUAUAAGGGCAAUUCUAUCAAAGAGAGCAUCAGGCGCGGCCACGAUGACCUGGGUGAUCACUACCUGGACUGUGGGGACCUCAGCAAUGCCCUCAAAUGUUACUCACGAGCCCGAGACUACUGCACCAGUGCUAAGCAUGUCAUCAACAUGUGCCUCAACGUCAUCAAGGUCAGUGUCUACUUGCAAAAUUGGUCUCAUGUGUUAAGCUAUGUCAGCAAGGCCGAGUCUACUCCAGAGAUUGCUGAGCAGCGGGGAGAGCGGGACAGCCAGACGCAAGCCAUCCUCACCAAGCUCAAGUGUGCUGCAGGCUUGGCUGAGCUGGCCGCACGGAAGUAUAAGCAAGCUGCCAAGUGCUUCCUUCUGGCUUCCUUUGAUCACUGUGACUUCCCAGAGCUGCUGUCCCCCAGCAAUGUGGCUGUCUAUGGUGGCCUGUGUGCCUUAGCCACCUUUGACCGGCAGGAGCUGCAACGAAAUGUCAUCUCCAGCAGCUCCUUCAAGCUGUUCCUGGAGCUGGAGCCACAGGUCAGAGACAUCAUCUUCAAAUUCUAUGAAUCCAAGUAUGCCUCAUGCUUGAAGAUGCUGGAUGAGAUGAAGGACAACCUGCUCUUGGACAUGUACCUGGCCCCUCAUGUCAGGACACUGUACACCCAGAUUCGUAACCGGGCUCUUAUCCAAUACUUCAGCCCCUAUGUGUCAGCUGAUAUGCACAAGAUGGCUGCAGCCUUCAACACAACAGUUGCAGCUCUGGAGGAUGAGCUGACACAGCUCAUUCUGGAGGGCCUUAUUAAUGCCCGCAUCGACUCACACAGCAAGAUACUGUAUGCUCGAGAUGUGGAUCAGCGUAGCACCACCUUUGAGAAGUCCCUGCUGAUGGGCAAGGAAUUCCAACGACGUGCCAAAGCCAUGAUUCUGAGAGCAGCUGUGCUCCGCAACCAGAUCCAUGUCAAGUCUCCUCCUAGAGAAGGGAGCCAAGGGGAGCUGACUCCAGCCAACAGCCAGUCACGCAUGAGUACCAACAUGUGAAAGGCAUUCCCGUGACCAUCAGACCAUAGUCUGCACACCUACUCUGCCUGUGGAAGCAGCACCUGGGCCUCCUGCCUGCUUUCCUCAAGAUGAGACCCCAGACUGUGUGUGGUUCAUUAGAGCAGUCUGGCCACUGGGGUGCCUGUUCGUUGGCCUUCCACGCUGAGGUACCCUCUGCAGUGGUAGGCAGCCUGCCCAUAUGGCCACUUGGGCCUGACUCUAGGUUUCUGCCCCAGUGAAACAGACCAUGUGCAAUUCCCAGGUAAGGGUACCUCAGACCCUUCCUGUCCAUGUAGUUCCGACUGCAGCAGUGUCGUAGUCCAUUAAAGUACAGGUUGAUCAUUGCC